AUGACAGUCGAGUCAAUUAACACAAUGUCUGAGAAGCUUUUACAUCACUCUGCCAAUAGACUUGUGAAGAUCGUGACCGACAUCAGAAAGAACUCAGAUUCCAAGUUUAGCUUGAAGGCGAGGUAUAUGGGACCUUGUAGCGCAAUCGAAAUACGUAAACCUGGCUCGACUGCAUGGGCGGUCAUACGUAUUACUAAUCGAGAUGAUCCCAACAGUACCUUCCAGGAGGAAUCAGAGGAACAUAACUUGAUCAGAAAUGUAAAUGUUGACAUUUCUGAGGAAGAUCUUGACCCCUCCGAGAGGGAUGUCGACGCUUCCAAGCAAGUAGAACGGUCCUUGAACGCCUCUUGGGCUCUGUCCGGGGUAGAGAUAAAUCUAUGGGAAGGUACAAUCCAAACAGAUCUCCUUCAAACAACCAGCCCUGUUCGUACUAUCACUGGAUGGAUGGCUCCGGUGCCAAAUGCUUAUUGGCAGGAUGACAAACCAUGGUGGAUCAUAUCCUCAACUGACUUCAAUGAAUUCCCUACAGAAAAAUUGCAAAGGUACAAUGGUGAUAACAAUUGA